CUUGCACAUGCGCAGACUGAUUGUGUGUUUUGGUACCAGUCGUCUCGGAAAAGGCAACAGAGCAGUGCGGUCUGAUGAACUCGACUCGGCGAACUCUGGAGCUUCUAAAGCUAACUUAGCAUGCUUGUUAGCUUAGCUUGCUAGCUGCUAACAAAUAGACCUACGUCUGUGAAGAACAUCUUUUCCUUGAGCAGCAGGUGUAAACCUCCAGGAUGAAGCAGGAGAAACCACAGCCCCCACAUAUUAAAAAAGAAGAGGAGCACCCACAUUUUACCCACAUUAAAGAGGAAGUUGAGGAGCUACAUCGCCCACACAUAAAGGAGGAAGAAGAGGAAUACAGUAUCAGUCAGAAUGGAGAGCAUCUUGAAGGAAUGGAGGUUGAUAUCUCCAAGGUUCCAUUGAAUGUUGUCAUUGUGAAGACUGAAGAUCAUGAGGUCAAAAGUGAAAGUGAGGAAAAGAGAGAGGCGGAGCCUCCAAGCAGCAGCUCAACUCAACGCAUGGCAACAGAAGCUGAUGGAGACCACCGUGGAGGAUCACAAGCAGACAAGCUCUUAGCUCCACUAUCAGAUGGUGAUGACAUGACGUCACACUCUCCUGACACUGAUGAUGAAGACUCUGAAACGGAUACAACAGGUCACACUGACAACACACACUUUGAAUGUUCUCACUGUGGCAAAACUUUUAGUUACCGUUGUAAUCUGAAAAGACACAUGACAAUACACGGAGGUGAGAAGCCUUUUUCCUGUGUAAGCUGUGGUAAAAGUUUUACGCACAAUCAUCUUUUGAAAACACACAUGAGAAUACACACUGGGGAAAAACCUUUUUCUUGUUCAUUAUGUGGUAAAGUUUUUACACAUAAUCAUCAUUUGACAGGACACAUGAGAACACACACUGGUGAAAAACAUUUUUCCUGUUCAAUCUGUGCUAAAGGUUUUACACACAAUAUUAGUUUGAGAACACACAUGACAACACACACUGGUGAAUACCCUUUUUCUUGUUCAUUAUGUGGCAAAGGUUUUACACAGAGUCAUAGUUUGAAGGCACACAUGAGAGUACAUGCUGGUGAAAAACCUUUUUCUUGUUCAUUUUGUGGUAAAGGUUUUACUCAAAUGAAUCAUUUGAAAGCACACAUGACAACACACACUGGUGAAAAACAUUUUUCCUGCUCAAUCUGUGCUAAAGGUUUUGUACGAAAAUAUACCUUGAAAAGACACAUGAGAACACACACUGGUAAGGAAGUGUGAGUUGCAGUGUGUUUCAUCAAACAUUCUCACAAAAGUACUAGUGUAAGAAGUGUAACACACUCUUGUUCAUGGGUUUCUACCAUUGACAUAGUAGAUUUUUAAGAUUGGUUUCAUGUAUGUUAGAAGAAAGCAGUAGUUUACAACUUUGUGUACAUUCAUUUUAAAAAUCAAAUUUUAAUUGAGAUAGGCACCAGCGACCCCAAGGAGAAUAAGCGGUAGGAAAUGGAUGGAUGGAUUGAUGGAAAUUUUAAUUGAUUAAAAAAUGUGACUGAAGCAUCAGCUUAUUGUGACUGUUAUAUAUGUAUGUCCCCUAGCCUUUAUGCAACAAGCAAUGUAUACUUCAAGUAAAAUUGGGCACAAUAAAUGUGGUAAAUAUUUA